UCUGUCAAAUUUUUAGGUUAUUUUCUUUCACUCAUGCUGUAUUGAUUGUAUUUUCUUUGCUCAUGCUUUAUUUUUGUUGUUCAAGAUUUGAUGACUGGUGUUGGUGAAUAAAGCGAAAAGUUUUACAUAGAAAAAGGGAUUCGCUUAAGUAGAAUUUUCCAUUCAUAGCACAGUUCACAAGGGUUAUUAAACAACACUGUCGCUCGAUCUUGGUCAAUCACAGAUUGGUCAAUUUCUAAGGAGUCUAAUAUUGAACCAAUAUCAUGGCUGAAGAGGCGCCUCAAGAGAAGAAAGCUCCUAUGACAGACGAAGAGAGGCUUGCGUUAUGUCAGAAGCUUGAUCAGGAGCUCGACGAUUUCAUAAACAGCUUAGAAAAGAAGAGGUAUACAGAAGGAUGGCCAGAAGACCGAUGGGAGGAAGAGAUGGACAAGCAUCCAUUCUUCAUGAAAACUGUCCCAGAGAAUGGUGAUAUAUCACCACUAGCCGAGGGGCUUGCAAAACUAAAAUAUGAUCCUGAGGAAAAUACACCUGUGGAACUGGCUACCAGUUACAAAGAGGACGGGAACUUUAAUUUUAAACACAAGAAUUAUCGUUUAGCGAUAUUAGGUUAUACAGAGGGCAUCAAAAUUAAGUGUGACGAUGCUGAAAUAAACGCAAGCCUUUACAACAAUAGAGCAGCCUCACACUGGUAUCUGAAGAAUUACAGAUCAGCCCUAUACGACAGCGAGAAAGCCCUGUCUUUCAAACCAGAACACAUCAAAGCUCGGGUCAGAGCAGCCAUGACAGCGCUACAAAUAAGUAACUACGAUACAUGUAUUCAACAUUGUCAAAAACUACUUGAAACACAAACGAAGAACAAAGACAUAAUUGAGCUACUAAAUAAAGCAAAAAAGCAGAAAAUGAUUCAAGAAAGGGAUGAACGAAGAAAACAAAAGAUUGAUGCGAAGAAUAAUGAGCAGAGAGAGGGAGUGGUAAAUGCGAUAAUCGAGCGUGGUAUAAGGAUAUCCAAUUGCGAAGAUGAAGAUGAUAUUGAUUUAUCGAAAUUGGAGCCGAGUUUACCAGGAGCCCAAGAUUCGAUCGUUCACAUUGAGGACGGUAUUUUAAAGUGGCCAGUACUAUUCUUAUACCCUGAAUAUCAGAUGACCGAUUUUAUUAAAGCGUGUCCUGAGGAUGUAUCGUUAAUAAAUCAAUUGGAACAAGUAUUUCCAGCACCAUGGGAUGAAGCAAAUAAAUACAGUUGUGAUACAGUAAAUGUGUAUUUUGAAGGAUAUGACAAAAUGCCUCACGUGAUUGACGCUAAGAAAAAAUUGGGUGACUUAUUAGUAACGAAGUACUUUGAACUGAAAGCAGGUACGCCAGCGUUUUUCAUAUUGCCACGUGGUAGUCAAAUAGAGAGUAGAUUUUUAGAAAGCUAUAUUUAGUUAUGGUAUUUUGAUAUCUAUAUGUUUAUGUAAAAAUACUUACUACAUUCUAAUUACAUAAAUCUGUGUAUACUUUUAAUAAAAUGAUAUUUAUUUGAA